CGCUUGCACACAUUACGCAUGCCGGAAGGAAUGUCGAUCGCGUGCUCUCUCGCUCUUUAGCUGCCAUACGCUUUGUGGUUAAAUUGAACAUGUGUGUCCUACCGACAGUCAGAGGCCAGUUGGGUUGUGCUAGAGGGGUGAAAAACAAAGAUCCCCCUUUCAGCGGUACGAGGGCUCAUGAUAGAGAAGCGAUCCUGUCCGCAGGGACGAUCCUCGCACUGUUUCCUGUCGGGUCAACAUACCGACGCAGUUCACUCGUGUCCAUCGGUCGGUGCAGAUCCAAGCUUUUGAAGCUCAGUGCGGAAGUUGUGCGUGUUCUGUGGAGAAGCAGCGGAUUAAUUACUGACAGACGAGAUGGAGCACUACACGCUUGGGAUCGAUAGGCUGGGCGCGUACAGCACGAUCGAUACGACUACCGGCUCUACGUAUCUGACCCAUCAUUAUCCAACGCCUGAUACUUCCCUGUGCCGAAGCAGCUACAGUGCAUCGUCUCCCGGGACGAGUCCUUCGGCAUCGGGACCUGAGCUAAGCCACACCAACUUUGGACUGUCCUUCGCCGACGUUAUGUUCGAUGGUGAAUCGUUCGUGCAGAUAGACUCCACGGAUCUUCAGAUCUUCGGUCCCGGUGCAACUCACAGCACAGGGGAAGGUGCGGAUUUCUCCAGACAAACUCUUCCCAGCUCCCUCUACCCAACCCAAGUGCCAAGUUGUGGAAAAGAGCUCAAGUCUUGCUCCACACCAAUAUCUCCUCCUGCUAGCUCACGGCGGCUCCAUAAAACGCGCAGAUCCAUCUCAUCGUUGGGUGGCAAGGAUCGCAAGAAGGAUUGUACUCCGCCGAGUCCAACGGUACUGAAAGAGCGUCGUCUGGCAGCGAAUGCUCGUGAGCGGAAGCGUAUGAACAGCCUGAACGUAGCGUUUGACCGAUUGCGGGAAAUCGUUCCCUCCCUCGGUCCGGAUCACAAGCUGUCCAAGUUUGAAACGCUGCAGAUGGCUCAAACGUACAUCAAUGCGUUGAGUGAUCUGCUGGAACGGGGAGCCGAUGCGACCACGUAUAGUCUCUUCGAUAGUCUGGACUCUGGGGCUAAUGAUACGAACAACAAUAGUAGCAGUGAAAAUGGCCGCCAGAACGAUAGCAAUGCACACGAGAUGCUGCUGAGGGACGAAGAGUCCCUGGACGAUCGAUUCCUGGACAUUGGAUACGCGUAACUGGCAGUCAUUUCGAUCGGAUCCGAUUAAUGUUGCUUCAGAAGUGUAUAAAAGUACAAGUGAUAUUGUUAAACGUUCACGAAAAUACGUUCCAGUUUUAGUGAUCGUGAAGUCUGCUCGCGAGACAGUGCGAGAUGGAAGGGAGCGCGUUCUAGUCCUAAGCGUUUGUUUUGUCUUUAUGCUUUCCAAAUGGAAUUCAGCGAUAUUGUAUAUUAGAUAAAGUAAGAAGCAUGUGUGUGAACAGAUAUUAAUAAAAAUAA